AUGGAGAACGUUUCUAACUUUCUCGCGGCGGCAGAGAACGUCUUUGGCCUCGCUCCUCAUCAACUCUUCCUUCCCAUGGACAUUGUCAACACAACUUCCACCCCCGACCCGUCGCUGUCUUGCGCAUCUGAUGCUGCCGCCGUCUCGGUCGGUUUUGACGAUCAGACGCCGGCCACUGACUCUGUGGCGUCGGUUGACGACUCUGUGACUCCGGUUGGCAAUCAGAAUGGUGCUUCAGACGAUGACUUUCUUGCCGACGAGCUCGCGGCGGUGGCAGCCGCCAUCUCGUCCAACCCGGCACUUGAAGUCGAGCCCGCAUCCGAGCCCGAGCCCGAGCCGGAGCCGGAGCCUGCGCCUGAACCCGAGCUCGCGCCCGAGCCCAAGUCCGCGCAGUCUGAGAAUGCAGCCAGGCCCGCGCCCAUGUCGCAGCAUGCUGCGGUGGCGAGGGCAGCCGGGCAUGCCCAGCGGCGCAAGGACACCGAGUCCGAGAUCGACCGUGAGCUGGUCAAGAUGCAGGUGGCCAUGUCUGAGCUGAUGGCCAUGGCGGCCGAGGAUGGGGCCCAGAAGGCCGGUGAAAGGGCCGAGCGGUGCACCGGUUGUGGCGAGCGGAUCUACAACAUGGGUGUGUCGGUGGUCAUUGACGAUGCGCGAUACCACAAGGCGCUCGACUGCCUGCCGACUAAGCCCAAGAGCCCGCUACUCGACGAGCUGCCGCGGGAGCGGUCGCGGCUCUCGAUGGUCCUGGAUGAUGCGCUGACGAUUCCGCUGGCCGCGCUCUCGCUCGACGAUGCGCUGAGCGAUGCUAUGAGCGCCGGUGGCGACGAUGACAAAGGCAAAGGUAGCGAGACCGCCGGCGCUGUGCCGGCGGCCGGCGAGAGCGCGCCACCCAGUGCGCUGCUUGCCCCUGACGCCAUGUCUAGGACCCGGUCGCGCCUCUCCAUGGUCUUACACGACACGCUUCUUGCCGAUGACGGUUCCAGCGGGCCCAACCCGGUCAUCACCGAACUCGCCGAGGCGAUCGGGUCCGGCAUCGCCGAUCUUGCCUCUGAGGCUGUGGCCGAGUCGGAGUCGGAUCCAGAGCCCGAGUCUGAGCCCCAACCCGAUGUGGAGCCGGAGUCGGCAAGGCCACAGCAAGCAACGCUCGCCAUUCCGGCGGUGACCCGGCUGCGCUCGCGGUCCAAGGCGCGAUCGCGGCUCUCGCUGGUGCUUGACGACGCGCUCGCGGUGCCGACGUUUUCGGAGAGCGAGUUUGACAUCUCUGAAUUUGACUCGCUCGCCCUCUCGUCCGACUCGGACGUCGACAACUACGAUGUUGAAUCCCUGGGCGGCGAUACGCCGUCGCUGCGGCCACGAAAGCACACGCUCGGCGCGCCGACGUCGACGGCCACGGCUGAUGCUGCGGCGGUUCUCCGCGACUGGGAGGCGCUGGACAAGGCCAUCCAGGCGCGUGAAAAGCUCAACAAGGUCCGGGCUGGACUCACCGCUAUGGCUUCGCUGUACGCACCAAAUACGCCAGAGCGCCUCGCCGUCGUCGAGCAGCUGAAGGCAUGCCGUGCCUCCCUUGCACUGCAGUCCGAGUGCAUCGAUCGGCUGGGUCCGGUCGACUCGCCGCGCUACGACUCUCUUCGAUCAGCCUAAAAUCGGCUCGCAUGAUCCGCCCUCCCAUUCAUGAUACCACCCGCAGUUAAUUAGACACAGGUGCACAACCC